AUGGCUGAAGAUCAAAGCAGUAAAAUUUCUUCAUCAAAUGAUGCAGAGAACCAUGAUGUCACUAUGGAAAAUAUUGUUGAAGUAUUUCGAGAAUUUGUCAAUGGAAUACCUUCGGAAACAAAUGAGCAAAUGAUGGAAUCUAAUGUAGUAUUUCAGCAAUUGUUAAGCAAAUUUCAACAAAUUCAAGACAAUAAUAAUAAUUAUCAAGAUGUUAUUCAUCAAAUUCUAUCAUUAUGUAAUGAAUUGAUUGACACUAUUGAGAAAGUUACUUUUACUCAUAUGAAUGAUUUUCAAAAUUGUCUCGAAUUAUUUCAUUAUAUUGAAUCCUUUUUUCAAACAAUUAUAUUCAUGAAAAAUGAAAAACUUCUUAUACGUGAAAUUUUCUUUGCAUUACUUGAUUUACUUUCUAAACCACAAAUUUGUUCAUAUUUGGAUGGUGAUCAACAGACAAAAGUGCCAUACCAAGAAAUUUAUAAAUGUAUAACCAAUCUUCUUAUGAAAUUAGCUUCUGAAAAGGUUAAUAGCGUUCAAUUUAAGAAUGAUGAUAGUACUAUACAGAAAUACACUAUUACAUUCACUGCCAUGUAUAAACGAGUGGAACACAAUCUACACGUGAAUAUUCAUACUGAACAACGAGUAGUUUCUGAUAAUAUCACAACACUUCUUAUUUUAUCAUUCUUGAGAAAUCUUUCUGAUCGAACAAUUAUUGUACCAUGGCUUCUUGGUAUUGGUCUGGCUAAAAGUAUUGUAGAAUGCUUAAAAAUAGUAGAAAUAUCUUUUUAUACAGCUCAUCAAAUCGUCAGCAUUAUUUAUAAUAUAUCUCGGCAUGAUGAAGGUGGUGAUGAACUCAACACAUUCGAUGGUCUUCAGAUUCUUAAAAGUAUUCAAAGCAGUAAUAGUGAAUCAUUAACCGGUAAAAACAAUCUUAUCAUAUCAAUGACGAUCGCUUUGCUCUCUACACCCAAGCAAAUUCGCUCAGAUAAUAAACAAAUGACUGGAAUUCUUAAUCGAUUAUUACAAAUCACUAUGGAAGCUGCCGAGGCAGUAGAUCAUCGAGGUUCAUAUGGCUUCCAUGUAUCUGAACCCUUAGCUGUGUUUACUAAAGUAUUUGUAGAUGAUCAUUCGCUCGACUAUGUUCUCACGCAUGCAGAAACUGAUCCACAACUUGAUGCAGCGUCAAAAAUUGAUCUCUUUGUCAAUUUGUUCAUGAAAUUUCGAGGUGCAUUCGUAGAGAAUAAUCAGUUAGAACAAUUUACAUGUACAGCCCUACUGAACAUAUUAUGGAGUAUUUCAUUUCAAGACCAAUACAAAACAAAGCUACAGCAAAAUAAAAACUUCUUGAAGACCAUUAAUACUUUAGCUAUGGAUGAUACUGAAAAAGUUGUCAAUGAAUAUGUUCCACGUUCAAUUGAAAGUAUGACAAAAGCAGCCAAUGGUAUUCUUUACAACCUACAAGAACUAUUAGGUGGUAAAAAGGUUGAUAUUGCAGAUGAUCAAUUAGUCCCUAAUAUUGGCGAUCAAAUACCAAUAAUAAUGAUUAGCUAUGCUCAUGCUAACAAUCACUUUUGUGAUAAUAUUCUUGUCGAGUUCCAAGAACGAAGAAAUCUAUUUCGAAUUUGGAUUGAUCGAGAUCAUUCUUCGACAAAUGAAGAUAUAUGGGAAAAAAUUGCUCUUGGAAUCAAGCAAUCAAGACUUGUUGUAUGUCUUCUUUCACAAGAAUAUUACAAUAGUAAGUCAUGCCGGAAAGAAUUUAAGUUUGCAGUCCGUCGGAACAAGUCAAUCCUUCCUGUUUAUAUUGGUGAACCAGGUGAAUGUGAUUGGCUUGGUAUGUUGUUUUAAUUUAUUCUUCUAUGUGUUGUAAUAUUCUUUGUAUGCCAAGUGUUAAAGAAGUCCCCAAUACUUAUCAUAUAUAAGUCAAUAUUGGAUAUUAUCCAAUUAAAAUGAUUUCCAUAAUAAUAACGAUUUGUAAAAACAAUUCCAUCUUAGAUGGAUUGCAGAAUAUUAAAAUUGUGAAGAUCAAAGCGAGUAAUAGGUUUAUACUACCGUCAUUCCCUUUCAUUCUACUGUCAAUUACAACUAUAGUAUGUAACAUGAAAAACUACGAUGAAACAUUUUUUUCGCUGACUUUAAAAAUGUGAUUCUCUAUAGUGACAUUACUUUUUAUUUUAUGAAAAUUGGAUGCUCUAAUCAGUUAAACGAUAAGAAAGUUAUUUGUAUCUAAGGAAUAUUAUAAUUCUCAGCUUUUAGCCAAUCCAUCGACUUACAUCAAUUGAUAAGUAAAUCAUAAGAAGGUUGCUUUCGAUCUUGGCUAGCUAGAUAAUAGUAAUUACAGCUCUGAUUAUAACUCCACUUACUUGAUUAGAUUUUUGCAUUAAGUUUUUGAUCAGCGGUCAGUCGGCCACCGGCAUCAGUUCUAUUUGCACUCUAUAGAAUUUCUUGCAUUGUAACAUGCAGUCAAUCAAUAUUUAUAAAAUUUUUCAGACAUUCACAUUGCUGAACGGAAAUAUGUUCGUUUCAAUAACAGCACGGAAAACCUUGAUGAUAGUGA